AUGUCAGCAAUAGGGCUGACACCUUUAGAAAAAGCCAGACUUGAUUUAUCCAUUGGCUACACAUUAAAUUCUCUCUUCUGGUUAUACUUAGUUACACAAGGUGUCAAUCCAAAAGAACAUGCUGUCAAACAAGAAUUAGACAGAAUAAAAGGCUAUAUGAACAGAGCUAAGGAAAUUGCAGAUAAAGAAAAGGCACCUAAACUGAACACUGACGUAGCUCAGCGUUUUGUACGUAGUUCUUUAUGGGAUCCUGAGACUUCGGGUGAGACUCCUCAGAGCUGCUCAGAAGUGAAAGUUGGGGGAGAGCAAAAGAAUAAGGAACAGCACAAGAGAAAAAAAAAACAUUCUGGAAAAUGCCACAAUAAAAAAAAAAGUAAUGUAGCUCAUGGAUUUUAUUUUCAAUAUGUGUGGAUUUAUAUAUAUACAUGUAAAUAGUUUUCACUUUCUUGUAUGACUGUACCAGAAAAUAAAACUUUGUUCUAUAUAAAGCAUUCAAAAUGUUA